AUGGCGGGGCAGCAGUUCCAGUACGAUGACAGCGGGAACACCUUCUUCUACUUCCUCACCUCCUUCGUGGGGCUCAUCGUGAUUCCGGCCACAUACUACCUCUGGCCCCGAGAUCAGAAUGCCGAGCAAAAUCGAUUAAAGAAUAUCAGAAAAGUAUAUGGAAGAUGUAUGUGGUACCGUUUACGGUUAUUAAAACCCCAGCCAAAUAUUAUUCCUACAGUAAAGAAAAUAGUUCUUCUAGCAGGAUGGGCAUUGUUCUUAUUCCUUGCAUACAAAGUUUCCAAAACAGACCGAGAAUAUCAAGAAUACAAUCCUUAUGAAGUAUUAAAUUUAGAUCCUGGGGCAACUGUAGCAGAGAUUAAGAAACAGUAUCGUUUGCUGUCUCUUAAAUAUCAUCCAGAUAAAGGAGGCGAUGAAGUUAUGUUCAUGAGAAUAGCAAAAGCUUAUGCAGCUUUAACUGAUGAAGAAUCCCGGAAAAACUGGGAAGAGUUUGGAAAUCCAGAUGGGCCUCAAGCCACAAGCUUUGGAAUUGCCCUCCCAGCUUGGAUCGUUGACCAGAAAAAUUCAAUAUUGGUUUUACUUGUAUAUGGCUUGGCAUUCAUGGUUAUCCUUCCAGUUGUUGUGGGCUCUUGGUGGUAUCGCUCAAUACGCUAUAGUGGAGACCAAAUUCUAAUACGCACAACACAGAUUUAUACCUACUUUGUUUAUAAAACUCGAAAUAUGGAUAUGAAACGUCUUAUCAUGGUUUUGGCUGGAGCCUCUGAAUUUGAUCCUCAGUAUAAUAAAGAUGCCACAAGCAGACCAACAGAUAAUAUUUUAAUACCUCAGCUCAUCAGAGAAAUUGGCAGCAUUAAUUUAAAGAAGAAUGAGCCUCCACUUACCUGCCCUUACAGCCUGAAGGCCAGAGUUCUUUUACUGUCUCAUCUUGCUAGAAUGAAAAUUCCUGAGACCCUUGAAGAAGAUCAGCAAUUUAUGCUGAAAAAAUGCCCUGCCCUACUUCAAGAAAUGGUUAAUGUAAUCUGCCAACUAAUAAUAAUGGCCAGGAGCCGUGAAGAAAGGGAGUUUCGUGCUCCAACUUUGGCAUCCCUUGAAAACUGCAUGAAGCUUUCCCAGAUGGCUGUUCAAGGCCUUCAGCAGUUUAAAUCUCCCCUUCUCCAGCUCCCUCACAUUGAAGAAGACAAUCUUAGAAGAGUUUCUAAUCAUAAAAAGUUCAAAAUUAAAACUAUCCAGGAUUUGGUGAGUUUAAAAGAAUCAGAUCGCCACAAUCUGUUGCAUUUCCUUGAAGAUGAAAAAUAUGAGGAGGUUAUGGCUGUUCUUGGGAGUUUCCCGUAUGUGACUAUGGACAUAAAGUCACAGGUAUUGGAUGAUGAAGAUAGCAACAACAUCACAGUAGGAUCCUUAGUUACAGUUUUGGUUAAAUUGACAAGGCAAACAAUGGCAGAAGUAUUUGAAAAGGAGCAGUCCAUCUGUGCUGCAGAGGAGCAGCCAGCGGAAGAUGGGCAGGGUGAUACUAACAAGAACAAGACAAAAGGAGGAUGGCAGCAGAAGAGUAAAGGACCCAAGAAGACCGCUAAAUCCAAAAAAAAGAAACCUUUGAAAAAAAAGCCUACACCUGUGCCCUUAUCUCAACCAAAGCAACAGAAACAAAAACAGGCUAACGGAGUCGCUGGGAGUGAAGCUGCAGUAAAGGAAGAUGAAGAAGAAGUGUCUGACAAAGGCAGUGACUCUGAGGAAGAGGAAACCAACAGAGACUCUCAGAGUGAAAAAGAUGAUGGUAGCGACAGAGACUCUGAUAGAGAGCAAGAUGAAAAGCAAAACAAGGAUGAUGAAGCAGAGUGGCAAGAAUUACAACAAAGUAUUCAGCGAAAGGAGAGAGCACUACUGGAAACCAAAUCAAAGAUAACACAUCCUGUCUAUAGUCUUUACUUUCCUGAGGAAAAGCAAGAAUGGUGGUGGCUUUAUAUCGCGGAUAGGAAGGAACAGACAUUAAUAUCUAUGCCAUAUCAUGUGUGUACACUAAAAGAUACGGAAGAGGUAGAACUGAAGUUUCCUGCACCAGGCAAGCCUGGAAAUUAUCAAUAUACGGUGUUUCUAAGAUCAGACUCCUAUAUGGGUUUGGAUCAGAUUAAACCACUGAAGUUGGAAGUUCAUGAGGCUAAGCCUGUGCCAGAAAAUCACCCACAGUGGGAUACAGCAAUAGAGGGGGAUGAAGACCAGGAAGACAGUGAGGGCUUUGAAGACAGCUUUGAGGAAGAGGAAGAAGAGGAGGAAGAUGAUGACUAA